AUGUCUGGUGGUCAAACGUAUGGUUUUAUAACGGAACUUUUUUUUGAUGUUUUCACCUCGAAAGAAAUGAAUUGUUUCUAUGAAGAUUUCCUGCUAUAUAGUGAUAUAAGUAUUUCUACUCGAGCUGUUGAUACUGAAUCACAGUUGAUACAUAUGCGAAUUAGAUCAUCGAGCAAAAAUAUUAGUAAAUGGUAUAGAGGGAUCAAUCAAGCGGUAUUUAGCGGAAUGUUACGCGAAGGAGGUAUAUAUGAAAUUUGCACGAAAGUAAAGUUAACAAAUACACGAUACGUACGUUUAAUGCUGGUUAUCUACGCUCAUCAUCGAGGAACAAAGAAUAAAGCUGAUAGACUUAAAGAAGAACACCAUGAAUUGACUGAAAGCAUGAAUCAAUCGAUUGACCAUUUGAGAGAAGCAAUAGCCUCUUCAUCAUUUGCACUGAAACAACUGAAAUCAACACGUGAUAUACAUUUGCAAAUUAAAAAUGCCAAUAAUAUUGAUAUGUUUUCAUUGACACAAACAAUGAUUAUUCUGUGCACAUCAGUUAUGCAAGUUCUUGUUAUUCGUAAAUUCUUCUCUGGCAAUUCCAAAAAUUUUGUCGUUAUUAAGUAG